CCCACACAAGGCAUGAAUGUUUGGAGCGGUGAUAGAGCACCAUGCCCCGUACUGGGAGCAGCCCUUCUCCCAGCCUUACUUCGACAACUCGACCCGCCGUGAGAUGACGACCACAGUGGGGCAGAGUGCCUACCUGCAUUGCAGGGUCAGGAACCUGGGCGACAGGGCCGUGUCAUGGAUCCGCAAGAGGGACCUGCACAUCCUGACGGUGGGAAUUCUCACGUACACUAAUGACCAACGCUUCCAGUCCUUGCACUCGGACGGGUCCGACGAGUGGACCCUCAAAGUGAGCUCUCCACAGGUUCGCGAUUCCGGAACGUAUGAGUGCCAAGUCAGCACAGAGCCCAAGAUUAGCCAAGCCUUCCGCCUGAACGUAGUGGUGUCAAAGGCGAAAAUCCUUGGCAACCCUGAGCUGUACAUCAAGAGCGGCAGUGACAUCAACCUCACGUGCGUGGUCCUGCAGACACCAGAGCCACCGUCAUUCAUCUACUGGUACCAAGGCGCCCACGUCAUUAACUAUUCCCAGCGAGGAGGCAUUAGCGUAGUAACUGAGAAACAAACCCGCACCAGUCGCCUCUUGAUCUCGCGCGCCCUACCACAGGACUCUGGUAACUACACCUGCUCGCCGUCCAGUUCUGACUCUGCCAGCGUCCUGGUACACGUUCUGAAUGGUGAGCAUCCUGCUGCAAUGCAACAUGGGAACAGCAGCAGUGGUUCUGUCACACAAUAUCUAUCAGUACUACUAAUGGUGAUAUGGUCUAUAUUCCACAAUGCCAUUCAAAUAUCAGAAUGGCCAUCCUACAUUAUUUCAAGAUGAUGGGUGAUGGCAGAAUAAAUUGAACAACAGUAACCACAAUAGUAGCAGUUUCUGGUCACAUGGAAGAUCAAUCUGUUGUGGGAAACAGAUUUAGGGCUAUGAACUAAUAUUUCCAUUUAUUUUUUCUUUCCUCUUUCUCGCAGAGCUUUUCUAUGAAGACUUACAAGCCCUGAAGAUGCCACAACGACGAAAGGUGGUCUAUGAACCGUUCAAAUUAGUCCACGGAACAUUAAAAGAAAUAUCUAAUUCUGUAGAACUCUUUAAGAAGAACAUAUACCCUAAACUUAUACUGAUCUUCAAUGUCCUAACCCUUUUCCUGAUUCUAAAACACCUUAUUUAUUAAAAAAGUGACUACAUUAAAAAGAACUUAAUGACAGUUGUAAGUCUGUGUUAGUUUCAACAGCAGGGUUAAAAGAUAUUUUGUUUAAAUGUUUUUAUUUUCUUUUCCUGCUGUUAUCAGUAUUAAGGUCAUGUACACAUAUGCACAGAGGCUUUAUUCAUCUGGUUAGAUUGUGGGAGUGCCUUAACCCUAAUGUUGUGCACAGAGUAAUAUGAAAUCAUGAGCAACUCUUACUGUACAUUAUGACUGCUGAUUAAACAACAAUUUGGUUCCUGCAGUAAUGAAGAGACAUUCAUUUUUGCUGAUUUCAGGUACAGAACUGAAAUGUGGGACAGGUUAAUUUUGGUUGGUUUAUAAACUGCAGAUUGUUGUUUAUAAAACUGGAUAUCAAAUGACAUGUUAAUAGUGUAGUACCUAAAACAGAGUGGAUUUUGUUAAUGACUGACUUUCCAAGAUUUAACUACAGACGCUUUGAUGUGACCAUUUGCUGUGCUUGAAAUUCCAUUUAUAUCAAUGCAGAAACUGUAUUGAAAUGUACAUAAACUGAAAAUUGGUGACAGUGUUAUCUUUUCCAUUACACAUAAAGAAAUUCUUUAGUGAACAUAUGAAUUUCUAGUAAGGGGACUGAGAAACUUAUUAGUCCAUUCAUACAGGAAAAACAGUGUACCCUACAGCAGAAGAAGAAUAUGUGAGAUUUCUGUAAGGAAGGAAUAAAAAAGGAUUUAUUAUACAAGUAGAUAAAGAACCAGCUCACUAAUUUCUUUCUGGAUGUUAUCUCAAAAUCAGAUCAACACUGGCAGUAUCAAGAAAGGCGGUUAUCUCAAAAUAAAAAUAAUUAAUUAGAAAAUAUUUUUUUGAAUAUGUAAAUUUGUAAAUAAUUCCAAAAAACUGUACAUACAAUAUUCUAUAGCUGUGGACUCAAAGGCCAUAUCGUCUUUUGUGUUAAUAUAUGAGUAAUAUACAAAGGGACUGAGAGCAAGUAAAAAUAAAGUACUCGUAAAUGUUGGUAAAUAUAUAAGGAAAUGUUAGGCACAUUUAAGUGUCAACAUGUGAAAGAGUUGGUGAAUAAAAUAGCCUAAUUUUUUGUCACAUCUUUUGAGGUAAGAAAUCUGUUUCUUGUUGAAAAUGAAGUGGUUAGAGGGCUUGAAAGAGGCUAUUGCCUAGUAGGUAGUGUUAUAUAUAUUAUCUGUACCAUGUUCCAAGAGAAUGUGUGCUACAGUGUGUUAAUCUGACAUACAGUUAGUGUCUGAUAUAACUGAAGCUCUCUCUCAUCUUUGUAUCUGUUGUAAGGGAUACAGGGACAAGAAGUAAACUUGUGUUUCCUUCA